UGAUCAUACCCCGCAAUCACCCAAUAGACUCUGUAGUCUGUACUGGGAUAGUUUAUGCUAAGCUUGGAACCCGGUGGAUGCUAUCCUCCGCACGGUCUUGGUUUGAUACCGAGCUCCGAUGGCUGAUCUAAUGCUUCCAGAAUGCCCGACCAUCCUGGUGGUGUACAUUGGGUAGCUGUAGAUGAUUUCGUCCUAUAUAGCUCGAGGCUGACCGGCAGGAAUGAGAUGGUAUCUACAGAGUUAUAUCAUUGCAGAUUAUUACCCUGAUCUCAUUCACAACGCAUCGAAUCGUCUUAUUCUUCCGCCACAAUGACCGCAGUGUUAAUCACCGGCGCGACGGGGAAACAAGGAGGUGCUCUCAUCAGAAACCUCAUCGCCCGCAAAGCCCCCUUUGAGAUUCUCGCCGUCACUCGAGACGCCACUUCCGCUUCCGCCCAACGACUCAAGCAGCUCUCCUCCAACAUCAAACUGGUGGAAGGCAACCUCGAUAACCCGGCGGGCAUUUUCCGCAACGCUCACACUCAAACCGCAUCUCCAAUCUGGGGUGUCUUUAGCGUUCAGUUGGCCAUCGGUAGCAACGUCGCCGAGGAAGCACAAGGGAAAGCACUGGUCGACGAGUCCCUGAACCAAGAUGUCAAAUUCUUCGUCUAUAGCUCGGUAGACCGUGGUGGAGAGGCCUCCUGGGACAACCCGACCAAGGUCCCGCACUUUUACAGGAAACAUAACAUCGAGCAUCAUCUGGCGGAUCGAGCCAAGGGAAAGAUGGAUUGGACCAUUCUGCGCCCGGUCGCGUUCAUCGAUAACCUGGUUCCGGGCUUCCUGGGCAAGGUCUUUGUCACGGCUUGGAAAAUGGCCCUGAAGGGCAAGCCUCUUCAGGUGGUUGCGGUCAGCGAUGUUGGAUACUUUGCUGCAGAAGCUUUUCUCAAUCCCGACAAGUAUAAGGGGCAGGCGGUCUCGCUGGCUGGGGACGAACUGACGUACGACCAAAUGGUGCAGGUCUUCCAGCAGAAGACUGGGCAGCAUCUGCCUACUACUUACGAAUUUCUUUGCUCUCUGAUAUUGUCCUAUGUGAAGGAAAUGGGUUCUAUGUACAAGUGGUUCCAUGAUGAGGGCUUCAAGGUCAACAUUGGUGAAUUGAGAAAGCAGCAUCCGGGUCUGAAGGAUGUUGGGUCCUGGCUGGAACAAGAGAGUGAAUUUGUGAAGCGCUAGGCAGGUUUGUGUUUCUUGUUUAUAGACUAGAUUUAAUGUUUAAUUCUCUAUACUUUG